GACUUCAAGGACACAGAGUAUCAAAGAAAAAGGCACAGGCAGUGAAAGAGAAAGUAAUCUACCUGGGGUACCAGGUGAGUGCUGGGCAACGGAUGUUAGGGCAGGCUCGCAAGGAGUCAUAUGCCACCCCAAAACCCCAGACAAUAAAGGAACUCCGAAUGUUCUUAGGCAUGGCCGGGUGGUGCCGGCUGUGGGUUUAUAAUUAUGGACUGCUCGUCAGACUCCUCUAUGCUGUUACUGCCAAUGGAAACAGAGAUCUCCAGUGGACAAAGGAAGGCACAUGGGCCUUUCACCAGCUAAAGAGUGCCCUCAUGUCAGCUCCAGCUUUGGGACUUCCAGAUGUAAGUGAACCAUUCUUUCUGUUUUCCCAUGAAAGACAGGGAAUUGCCCUGGGAAUAUUGGCUCAGGUCUUGGUUCCAUAUCAGAGGGCAGUUGCUUACCUCUCCAAGCAACCUGAUGCAUCAGCCACAGGAUGGCCAGGUUGCCUCAGAGCUGUAGCAGCAGUCGUGCUGAAUAGUCAAGAGGCAUGCAAGUUUACCCUGGGACAAAUGGCUGUGCUAGUGUCCCACACAGCGUUCGCAGUACUGGAAGCAAAGGGUGGCCUCUGGCUUUCACCACACAAGUUUCUGAAAUACCAGGCCGUCAUGGUAGUGCAAGAUGAUGUAGAGAUAGUGAUGACUAAUAUUGUCAACACAGCUUCUUUUCUCAAUGGAAAUCAAGGAGAAGCAGUACACCACAAUUGCCUGGAGACCAUUGAAGCUACUUACUCCAGGUGCCCAGACUUGAAAGACACUCCUCUGGCUGAUGCAGAGACCUGGUUCACUGAUGGGAGUAGUAGCCACGUUGCCAGUGGAAAGCGACAUGCUGGAUACACAGUGACUGCCUGCAGAGAAGUAGUAGAAUCCAGACCCUUACCAACAGGCACCUCUGCGCAGGAGGCCGAGAUAAUUGCCCUGACCCACGCCUUGGAAAUGGCAAAAGAAAAGAGAAUAAACAUCUAUACAGUCUCGAU